AAAAAAUCCGAACGUCAUUAAAAGCUGCAUGGUCCAUCUAAACUCAUCAUUUUCCCGACAAUCUCCCAUGACCGCAAAACCCGCCGACUUUCUCUCUUCUACUCUCUCACUCUGCGUCUGAGCUCCAUCUCUCUCUCUCUCUUCAAAUGGCCUUCUCCUCUUCAACGCCGCUCUCUACUCCCUCCCCUUCUCCAGCGAUGCCAUGGCGGCUCCGAACUCUCUCCGUUGGAAAUCUCCCAAUCCUUUCCCGUUUCCAUUCAUUUACGGCACUCUCUCAGAAAUCCCGAUCCUCUCUUAUUCACUUUGGUCGGAAUCCGCGAAUCUUGCUCAAUCCCAAGCUCAACCUCGUCAAUGGCGGUGAUUUCAUCGCUCAGGCUUCUAGUUCGGGCCCUAACUCGCCUCCUCCUUCGCCGUCUUCCUUCGCGACCGCUCAGCAAAUCCUGUUCGGCUCCGCGCUGACCGUGGCCUUCGCCGUCGCGAAUCGCGUGCUCUACAAGCUCGCGCUCGUCCCGAUGAAGGAGUACCCUUUCUUCUUGGCUCAGUUCACGACUUUUGGGUAUGUGGUGGUGUAUUUUCUGAUAUUGUAUAUGAGAUACAAUGAAGGGAUUGUUACCGACGAAAUGAUUGACCAACCGAAGAGGCUCUUUGUGGCUAUUGGGGCUUUGGAAGCUCUUGGAGUGGCUUUGGGAAUGGCUUCUGCAGCCAUGCUGCCUGGACCAGCCAUUCCCAUAUUGAAUCAGACUUUUUUAGUAUGGCAGCUGUUCUUUUCCGUCCUUAUUUUGGGAAGAACAUACACAGUCCGUCAGAUAGCUGGCUGCUUGCUAGUAGCAACUGGGGUAGCUGUGGCCGUCACAAGUGGUUCUAAUGCUGAUCAGAUGCUAUCUGGAGUUGAGUUUGUAUGGCCAGCAUUGAUGAUUGCUUCAUGUGCUUUUCAAGCUGGUGCAUCCAUUAUCAAGGAAUUUGUCUUUAUAGAUGCUGCUGCUCGCCUUAAGGACAAGUCGCUUGACAUAUUUGUUGUCAAUUCUUUUGGAUCUGGAUAUCAGGCUCUUUUUGUACUUCUCUUUCUACCUUUAUUAUCAAGCAUGAAAGGCAUACCAUUUGCCCAACUUCCUUCUUAUCUAGAAAGUGGUGUUGGCUGCUUUCUGAACGUUGGAACCAAUACAUCAGGUUGUGACGGUUCUCCAUUGCUCCCACUGCUUUACAUAGCUACAAACCUCAUGUUCAACAUAUCAGUGCUCAAUCUAGUGAAGACUUCAUCUGCAGUUGUUUCUUCUCUUGCCGUUAUGUUAUCAGUGCCGAUUUCAAUUUAUAUCCUUUCCAUUCCGUUGCCAUAUCUGCCAGAGGGUUCAACUUUGAGCCCCUAUUUUCUAUUUGGCAGUUUGAUUCUUGUCUUGGGUCUCAUUCUCUACACGUUACCCCAAGCUUCAAAGCGACACUGAGAAUUAUUUGGUUGAUAUUGUCGGCGUAUUUUUGUAACAUGUCGUGCCUCAUGGCAAAGAACAUUCUUUCUU